AUGCCAACCAUCUCUGUUUACAAACAGCAGUUAUUUGAUUUAUUGGGGAAGAACUACUCCAAUGAGGAAUUUGACGAGCUAUGCUUUGAAUUCGGUAUUGAGUUAGACGAAGAUACCACGGAGGAAGCUCUCAAGAACAACGAGGAGCCGGAGCUCAAGAUCGAAAUUGGUGCCAACCGGUACGAUCUGCUCUGCAUCGAGGGUAUUGCGCAGUCGCUCAAUGAGUACGUGGGGCGUGCGGAGACGCCAAAGUACAAGCUUGCGGCGCCCACGACGAAGCUAUACAUCGAGCCAUCGACCGAGCAGAUCCGGCCAUACGCUGCAGCUGCGAUAUUGAGGAAUAUCAAGUUUGACGAGCGGUCCUACGCAUCCUUCAUAGCAUUGCAGGAUAAGCUGCAUUCUAACUUGUGCCGGAACAGAACUCUGGUUGCCAUGGGCACACACGACCUGGACAGUAUUCAGGGCCCAUUUCAUUACAAGGCGUUGCCUCCAACUGACUUCAAGUUUGUUCCGCUAUUCCAGAGUAAAGAGUUGACGGGUAAGGAGGUGGUGGAUCUUUAUAAAACGCCAGAGCAGAAGAACAAUCUCGGUCGGUUUGUUCACAUUAUCGAAAACUCGCCUGUAUACCCUGUUAUCUUUGACUCUCAGGAUCAAGUUUGCUCUCUGCCUCCUUUAAUCAACUCCGAGCGCUCCAAGAUCUCCAUUGACACGCGCAAUGUUUUCAUUGAAGUUACCGCUACCGACAGAACCAAGGCGGAGGUAGUGUUGAACCAGCUGGUAGCUAUGUUUUCGCGCUACUGUGAGGACAAAUUUUCAGUUGAAGCGGUUGAAAUUGUAUCUGAACACAACAACGAAUCUCGUAUCACUCCAAACUUCACUGAGAGAAAGAUUAAUGUGUCCGCAGAAUACAUAAACUCUUGUUUGGGUCUACAGCUAUCCCUGGAGGAGAUAUGUGCCUGCUUAAAGAAAAUGUCGCUGCACGGAAAGCCAGCUGGCAAUGACAAAGAUACCAUUGAGGUGUCGAUUCCUAUCACUAGACCAGAUAUUUUGCAUCCCUGUGACGUUUUAGAGGAUGCAGCUGUCGGUUACGGUUACAACAACUUGCCUAAGCAUAACAAACUAUCCAAUGCGAACUUUGUCGCUGCUCCUUUGCCAAUCAACAAGGUUUCUGAUAUCUUCAGGAUCGCAUCCUCUCAAGCCUCUUGGCUAGAAGUACUGCCUCUAACUCUAUGCUCGCAUGAUGAAAACUUUAAAUUUUUGAGGCUAGAGGACGACGGCACAACUGCCGUUAAGCUAGCAAACCCAAAAACUGCGGAGUACCAAGUCGUCAGAACCAGUCUACUGUCUGGUAUCUUGAAAACUGUCAGGGAGAACAGAAAGCAGGCAUUGCCUAUUAAAGUCUUCGAAAGUGGUGAUGUUGUGUUCAAGAAUCCUGCGCUAGAGAGAAAGGCCUACAACGAGCGCCACUGGGCUGCUGUUUACGUAGGCAAGAACUCUGGUUUUGAGAUUAUUCAGGGUCUUUUGGGGAAGAUCAUGCAGACCUUUAGAACAUCUUGGCUUCCAGAUUACGGGAAAGACUCUGAUGGAAGGGGCUACUGGAUUGAGGAAGAUACCUCAAUCCCAACCUACUUCCCCGGUAGAGGCGCCAAAGUUAUGUUUAGGUCUAGACAGGGCGCAGAGGUCAAGCAAAUUGGCCACUUGGGCGUCUUGCAUCCUGAAGUUAUGAACAAUUUCGAAAUUCCGUACGCGGGAUCCUACGUAGAAUUGAACUCCGAGGUUUUCUUGUAG